GACAACGUGAAAAGGAAAAGAAUAAAAAUACUACAUGAUUAUAAUUUUUUGAGAAAAUGUAUCAAACCGAAAUUAUUUUAUUCGUUUUGCUCACAUUUGUGACGGUAUCGAUUAAUGCUCAAGAUGUUUGUGUCAAGAGGAAUCCUUGCAGUUGUAUGUUUUCUAAUGGCACCGGAAUUGAUCUAACACCUACGAAUACAACAACCGUAUACACAACGGCGACUUAUCAAAAGAAGAAGAAUGGCCUACAGUAUAGAAUGGAGACCUUUUAUUUCCAUCCCUGUACAGACUUCAAGAUUACCCCAGACGACUCGGAGCCAAAAGACAAUGUUACCAAUUAUUGCCUUGAUCCAGUGGCGCUAUGUGAUCAUACUUAUACACUUGAGAAAAAUGCAAUAACAAAUACAUUCACUAUGACUGGAAACAUCUAUGCGAACAUUGGAUAUUCAAAUAAGACGAUAUUUUCUAACGAUGGACGAUCAAUAAUAUAUAAUAAUGCAGCAUCGAACACUACAGUCCUACUUAUUUGUUCACAAGUGGACGAUCGUUUAUACAUACAUUCAUUAGAUGAUCCGCAUGAGAUGGUGUUAGCAUUCUACUCUAGAGAUGCAUGUCUGAAACAAAUAGAGCAACCGGGCAGAUCUGUAGGAUCCACAUUGCUUAUUGUUUUCUUCUCGUUAGUGAUCUUCUACCUCGUUCUCGGUGUUUGCACUAAGAAGUUCCUCAUGGGUGCAACGGGUAUUGAAGUCAUACCUAACUUAGCGUUUUGGACGGACUUACCAAAUUUAGUUAGAGAAGGCUGGGCGUUUGCUAUCAAUGGUUUCAAGCUGCCCACACGCACUGGACCCACAAGUUCCCCCGACCCCAACAGCUACGACAGCAUAUAACAUCAAAGGGAAGACAGCCUCUCCGAAGGUCAACUUGUAUUGCUCGAAUAAUUGACUGUCGAGUUAGUAUUUAGUACUUUACUGCAUUAUAAUUAAGUACAGUAUGGCUAAAUGUAUAAUGCGUAUUAAUAUCUUUUAAUUUCGUUA